AUGAGUAUAAUCCGUGAUAAAGAAAAUUACAGAAAAUCAUUAAAUACGGCUCGUAAAGUUAAUCAUCGUUAUUAUACAAAUAUACCAUCAAAUAUUUCAACUAAUCCAAAUUAUGUUUUACAUUGUACAAGUGAUUUAUUAAUAGCUUUUGCAUCUAAAUCCUCACCUAUUGAUAUGUCCUCAAAAAAACAGUCUUGGUCUAAUUUUAUAAAUGACUCAUCUACACAAAUUAUUAAAGAUGAGACACUAGAUUGGGAUCUAAAUGAAAUUCCAUCUCCACAAACAAAUGAUAUUGAUUAUACAAUUAUUGAUUCAAAAAUUGAUCCAUUUCAUCCUAAAAAUUAUCAAUCAGUUCGAGCAACAUCUAUUGAAAAACCAAAUAUUGAUAAUAAUAACCAAAAAAAGAAAACUGUCACUGUUAAAUAUAUGUUGACUAUGUCAGCAUCAGGAAAUACACAGAAAGAUUUUGAUCGUGGAUCAACGUCAAUACCUAAUGGAACAUCAUCAACAAUUAAACAACAACCAUUUAGUCCACCACCUUAUCAUUCACUUUCAAACGGUUUUUUUACACAACAUCAUCAACGAUCAACACCAUCGCCUGAUAAUGAACAAAUAUCACCAUUAUCAAAUAAUCUAGUUGAAACUUCUUCAACAUCUAAUUUAGUUCCACCAUCGGCAGCAGGUGGAGCUCCAGUAUCUUCGGAAGAUAAACGUCGUUGUGCUGUAUGUAAUGAUAUUGCUUCUGGUUAUCAUUAUGGUGUAUGGAGUUGUGAAGGAUGUAAAGCGUUUUUUAAACGAAGUAUUCAAGGCACAAAUGAAUAUAUUUGUCCUGCAACAAAUACAUGUACAAUAGAUAAACAUCGUCGAAAAAGUUGUCAAGCAUGUCGUUUAAGACGAUGUUAUGAAGUUGGUAUGACUAAGGGUACAACACGACGAGAACGAAAAUAUCGUAAAAAAGCUGUAUCAGUUUGUAAAAUUACAUCAACAUCAUCAAAUUCAAAUGCUAAUAAUAAUUCAAUAAAAAAUAAUCAAGAUCAUGCACAUUUAGUAACGACUACUGAUACACCACCAACAACGACUGGAACACCAUCAGUAUCUCAAAUAAAUAAUAAUAAUAAUAAUAAUAAUAAUAAUUUUUCAUCACCACAAGUACCAACAAAUAAGACGACUUCGGAUUCAUCACGUAUUCCAAUUGCUCCAGCUGAUUUUAUUGCUACACUUUCUCAAGCAUCUCGUCUUAAUUUACCAUCAAAAGCUGAUACUAGUCGUCCAUUAGAUGAUCAAUAUUUUCUUCAAUUACUUGCAAAAAUUUUCGAUCAAGAGCUUGUCGUUCUUAUUAAUUGGGCUAAAGCAAUGCCAGGUUAUACUGAAAGUUUAACACUUGAUCAACAAGUAACAAUUAUUGAACAGAGUUGGUUAGAUACUUUACUUCUCGAUAUAAUCGAACGAUCAUUAGAACGGAGCGAUGACACACUUCAUUUUGCGCCUGAUUUUAUUAUUUCACGAAAUCGUGCUUUAUCAAGUCCAGGUGUUGGUGCAAUAUGUACAAGUUUAUUUAAUAUUCUUCAAGCUUUUAAAGAACCUCGUACAACACAUGAAGAAUUUAUUGCACUUAAAGCUGCAAUACUUAUUAAUUCAAUACCAGCAACAAUAACAACAACAAAAUCAUUUCGUUUAUUAACAAAUCAAAUAUAUCAAUCAAUACAAUAUGCAUGCGAUUCAAAUCCAAGUGUUUAUCAAGAUAAUUCUAUUCGUCAUUUUACAUUAUUAUUACAAUUACCACAUAUUAAAAUGUUAAGUUCUAAAUUAAUAAGACUAUUUUUAGAUAUGCGUGCAAAUGAUUUAUUACCACAAGCUGAUCUUUUAUUAGAAAUGCUUGACGCACAAGAUCUAUUCGAUAUAAAUAAUUGCUUUUUAUCAUUACAUCAUGAUGGUAAUAGUUUAUCAUCACAAACACCAAAUUUUAGUCAAAAUUUAUCUUCUAAUAAUAAUAAUAUUAAUAAUAAUAAUAAUAAUAAUACAACACCAGUUAUGCAAUCAACAACAAUGAAUAAUAAUUCAAAAGUUCAAUCUGAUCGUUCAACCCCAAUUAAUUAUAACAAAAAACAACAAGAUGAUAAUGAAACACCAAAUUCAGAUGAUCCAAAUUUCAUUUUAAAUUUAAUUGAUAUUCCACAACUUAUUGAUCAUGGUUGGAUACCAGUGGUUGAUACAUCUAAUACAACACUUACCGAAAGUCUUAUAUCAACGCUCGAUAUUGUUAAUACAAAUAUUAAUAAUUUAACCAAUCUUGCUAUUCGAACACCAUUUUCUUCGAAUUAUCAAAAAGAAACUUUUGUUGAUAUCAAUAUAAAUUCACAAUUUACAAAUAUUUCUAGAUCUAAUUUACUCAAUACAUUUAUUCUUCUUGCAACAUAUCGUUCUGUUAGAGAAUCAUCAGGAACAUUAUUUUCUUUAUUAGAUAAAAAUAGAUUAGUCAUAUUUGAAAUAAUAAUCAAUACAAAUAUUACUUUAACUUAUCGUUAUGAUAAAAAAGUAGAACAACUUAUUUUUCAUCACAAAAGAUUUGUAGCUAAUGAUGGAUUAUGGCAUCAAAUUGCUCUUCUAUUCGGAUUCGAAUCGGUUACACUUCAAUUUGAUGAUCGGUUAGAUGAUGAAAUUAAAUUAAUGUUAAGUGCUUUACAAACGUCAGAAAUAUUCACCAGAACAAAUGUUGCUCUUCUGGGUACAAAUGAUUAUGAAGAAUAUAUAAAUGGUUCAUAUUUUAAGGGUGAUAUAAAAGAAAUUCUUAUCAUUGAAUGGGAUCCAUCGAUAGAUGAAAACAAUAUUGUACCUAAAACUAUGAGAAGUUAUCGUCAAAAUCGACUACUUCAUCAAAAUGGACAACAUUUCAUGAAUCCUUCACUAUCAAGACAAACAGAACAAUUUGAAAUAGGACCAGCAGGUCCACCUGGAAGACCUGGACAACCUGGUCUUAAUGGACCGAUAGGUGCAUCAGGCGCUCCAGGUCAUAUAAUUGUUAUUCCAUCACCCAUUCAUGAUGGACAUGAUCCAGAGUCUUUUGUACGUGUAAUGCAAGGAAUAAUUAAUACGUAUACACACAUUCUAAGGGGUCAACCAGGUGCUCCUGGACGACCAGGUCUACCUGGUGUUAUGGGACAACAAGGUUUAAGAGGCAUCAAAGGAGACAGAGGCGAACCUGGACCAGUAGGACCCCAAGGUGCGACGGGUCCAGUUGGGCCUCCUGGAUUACCAGGACCACAGGGUCCGCAAGGUUCAACUGGAAGUCAUGGUAAUCAAGGCCCUCGAGGUCAAAAAGGUGCACAAGGACCGCGUGGUAUUCCGGGUAUUCAAGGUGAAAAGGGUGAUAAGGGUCAAACAGGUCCUGUUGGUGAUCAAGGAGAUACAGGUCCUAUAGGCCUUAAGGGUAAUAAUGGUGCAAUCGGACCACAGGGACCUCAAGGGCUUGCGGGUCCCCAAGGUUUGACCGGUCCAAAAGGAGAUACUGGGCUAAUUGGUUUAACUGGUGAACAAGGAAUACAAGGUCCUCGAGGUCCGAAAGGUGAUAAAGGAGAUAAAGGCGAGAAGGGUGUUAUUGGCUUAACUGGUCCUAUUGGUCCAAUUGGCCUUACUGGUCCACGAGGUCCACACGGAGAAGUGGGACCGAAGGGAUGCCAAGGUAUUCAAGGACCACAAGGACCUAUUGGACCUCAAGGGCCACAAGGCGACAUUGGUCAGAAAGGUGAAGUUGGCGAAACAGGGCCUAAAGGAGAACAAGGUAUCAUGGGCCCAACGGGACCUAAAGGUAUCACUGGUGAACGUGGAUUGACGGGUGAAAGAGGUGGACAAGGUCAAAAAGGUAAACAAGGAUUAAAAGGUAUAAUCGGAAUAACUGGUGAUAAAGGAGACAAAGGUGAUGUUGGACCACAAGGACCACAAGGUCCAAAAGGUGAUGAAGGUCCUAUCGGUUUGACUGGUAUUCAAGGUGUAAAAGGAGAAAAGGGAGAAGUUGGUCAAAAAGGUGAUAUUGGUAUUCCAGGAAUACAAGGAAUACAGGGUCCAAUUGGUAACACUGGCCCUAUUGGAUUAAUGGGUCCCAAAGGUAACAAAGGUUAUCAAGGGCAAAAAGGUGAAACCGGAGUUCGUGGAGAGACUGGACAACAAGGUGUUCAAGGAAUAAUAGGUCCACAAGGUAUUCAAGGUGAGACAGGUCCAAUAGGACCUAAAGGCGAUCAAGGUGAAAAAGGAGACAAAGGAAUUAUUGGACCACAAGGUCCUGAGGGAAAGCAAGGUCCGAUAGGAUUUACCGGUGAUAAAGGUGAUCAAGGCCUAACGGGUCCCGUUGGGGAAAAAGGUGAUCAAGGUGAAAAAGGCGAUCAAGGACCUCAAGGUGAACAAGGUAUUAUCGGUCCCAUAGGAAUACCUGGAGAAAAGGGUGCACAAGGUCCAGUGGGUCCAAUAGGGGUAGAUGGACCUCAGGGAGAAAAAGGAGAUAAAGGUGAUACUGGACCAAAAGGAAUUCAAGGUGAAAUUGGACCACAAGGACUCAAAGGUGAUAUUGGUGAAAAAGGAGACAUAGGACUGAUUGGACCAAAAGGCGAUAAAGGACACACUGGAAUUAUGGGAUUACAAGGUCAAAAAGGUGAUACAGGUCCAAUGGGCAUAAUUGGACCGCGAGGACCUAUUGGAGAGACUGGUCCAAAAGGUGAACAAGGUGAAAAAGGUGAAAAAGGACAUGAUGGAAUCAUGGGUCAAAAAGGAGACAAAGGUAUCGAUGGUAUACAAGGUCCUCGUGGACAAACUGGUGAAAAAGGAGAUGCUGGUGAAGUAGGUGAAAUUGGUCCAAAUGGUGAAAAAGGAGAAAAAGGUAAUCAAGGCUCACAAGGACCAGAAGGACCACAAGGUCCUCAAGGUAAACAAGGACCACAAGGAAUAAAAGGUUCAACCGGCUCACAAGGCCCAAAAGGUGAUCAAGGCAUUACGGGUCCAACUGGAGGCCAAGGACCAAAAGGAGCUACGGGCCCUGUGGGUGAACGAGGACUUCAAGGACAAAAAGGAGAAGCUGGUCCAAGAGGACCAAAAGGAAAUACUGGACCUGCAGGUCCACCAGGACCAAGUGGAGAAAGAGGUCCUAAGGGUGAACGAGGGCCACGUGGAGAUCCAGGAGAGCCUGGUGACAGAGGACCACAAGGACCUUCGGGAACAAAUGGUCAACCUGGAAAUGCUGGACCACCUGGACCACCGGGUGUAGUUGGUGUAACAGGACCAAAAGGAACGGAAGGACCACGAGGAGCCAAAGGCGAGAAAGGUUCAACAGGUCCACCGGGUCCACCAGGUCCACCUGGUGAUAGUCUAUUAACAAGUGAACUUGCUUCAGAUGAUCAUCAUUCCAAAAAAUUUGAGUGGCCGUUUCAUAGAUUACGUCGUUCAAUAAUACCACUUGAAGAAAAUAUUCAUUUAAAUUCUAUAGCAUUGCAAUUAAUAAAUAUAUUAGAAAAUAUGACAAAUCAAUUGAAUAAAAUUGAAUCACCAAUAGGUCUUCAACGUGAUAAUCCAUUUCAAUCAUGUCUUGAUCUUCAUGAUCAAUCAAUGAUAGGAAAAUAUUGGAUUGAUCCAAAUCAUGGAAGUACAUUAGAUGCUAUUGAAGUUAAUUGUAUUAUUGAAAGUGGUAGAAAAAAAACUUGUUUACAACCACAUGAUGAUCAACAAAAACAAAUUACUUAUGGACCAAUAUCUCAAAUACGUUUUUUACAAAUUCUUUAUAAUCAAAUCGAACAAAAUUUAACUUAUGAAUGUAAUGAAGAACCUCAAACAAAUAUUACACUUAUAUCUUUUGAUGAUAUUCAUUAUGAUGUUAAUCAAUUAUCAAAUAUAAUUAUACAUGAUGAAUGUCAGAAUCAACAGCAAGGAUCGAUCAAAUAUGUUAUUAAUACAUCUGAUAGACAUUUGUUGCCUAUUAUUGCUCCUAAAGUGGUACGUUUUGAAUCGAAAUGGAUUGCAAGUCUAUCUUUAAUUGUUAAAUUAUCUCUUGCUAUUAGUUGUAUAUAUUUAAUGUGUCAACGAAGUUCAUACCAAAUAUUUGAUCGUUCACCUAUAUCAGCUGUGACAAUUAAAGUAAAACCAUCAUCAUCUUGUUCAAAAAAUUCGUCUGCAAUGCAUUUUUUUCCAAAUUAUAAUUGUGAACAAUCAUUAUAUGAUGUAAAUGAUUUUAUUAUACCAGCAACAGAAAAUUCUGCUGUAUCAAUAACAACUCGUAUGAUAGAAGUGGAACAUAUAUUAAGAUUUUGUGAUCAUACAACAAUAAGAAAACAUUCAAAUGCAUAUUCAUCAUUAAAUAUAACAUCAAUAUAUAAAUGUUCUGAACAACAACGUUGUAUAUUACCACCAUUAUAUCGUUAUGAAUAUGAAAAUGAAAAAAUUAUUAAAAAACCACAAUUAUGUUGGUUUAGAUUACCAAAAGCAGUUAUUAAAAGAAAUUAUCGAGCACUUAAUUAUAUUAUAUUUAUAAAACAUUUUGUUGAGUUUACUCAACUUGGUCUUAUACGAGACAAUCUUAUAAUAAAUAAAGUAAAAACAAGACAUAUUGAUACAUGUGAAUAUGAUCCAGAAAAUGAUCCAUUGUGUCCAAAAUUUCGCAUAUUAAAAAUAUUAGAAAUGAUUGAAACUAAUCCACGAAAAUAUGAAGCAAUGUUUUUUUAUGGUUCAUUAAUUGAAAUAAAAAUUAAUUGGAAAUGUAAUCUUGAUAAACGUUUGGAAUAUUGUAAACCUCAUUAUGAAUUUCAACGUUUAGAUGUUCAACCAUAUAGAGAUAAUCCUUAUGAUCCUGGUUCGAAUUUUCUUACAUCAAGAUAUUUUUUUCGACCAAAUGAAAGUGAAUUACAUCGUGUACAUACAAGAAUAUAUAAUUUACAUAUAAUUGUUUCUGUAACAGGUGAAGUUGGAAAAUUUGAUUUAUUUCAAACAACAACGAGCAUUGGCUCAUUUCUUGGUAUAUUUGGUACAGGAACAAUUGUUUGCGAUUUUAUAGCUGCUUUUUUUACGAAUUUUAAAAGUCUCAAAUAUGAUAUUUGA